GUGUGUGUGUUCUGCAGUCACGUGUAGCGUAGUAUGUAACACAGCACUGGGGAUACAUAAAUUGAUAGUACGAUAUACUUAAAAAGCUUAUGACUACCCGUGUAAUAUACCGAUAAUACUCGUAAUCCAACGCAAGACUAUAUAACUUUGACCAGGCAACCAACCAAGAAAUGGGGGUGCCAUGUCGGGAUGUUUUACAUUAGGAUAUGAAACAGCAGACGUAACUCGCGACAAAAUAUCAAUGAUUGGCAAUAUGUAAUAUAAGAUCACAUGCACUGAUGCGAACGCUUUAUUGUAAGAGUGAUGCAACAGGACGCAUGAGGUGAAUAGCAAACACGGAAUGCGUUUCAACAUGAGAUAUAACAAAAGGUUAGUAAAUGCAAUGCAUAAGGUCCGUAAAUCCACGGGGGAAGGGGGGGUGAUUGGUAUUGAAAUAACACAUCUGUGCCACCACAGACAUACACCGGAAGUUUCGCUGGCACAAAAAUGAGUAUGAUACUUGGGAGCGAAACAGAUGAAGCCUGCAUGGAAUGAAGCUUCGAAACUAACAAUGGGAACCGUUAUGUUUUUUUGUCGAAACACAUCUGCAUCAGAAGAUGGCGACCUCACAGAAGACACGUUCAUCGAUCAUCGCGCUCCACGAAGUGGGCUUCAGCAAUGGCUACAUUGCCAGGGAACUAGGCGUGUCCAAGCCAACUGUAGUUCGUUGGAUACAGCGCUACAUAGAAACAGGAGAUACCAAGCAUAAGCUUGGAGCAGGCAGGCCUCGUUGCACAACGCCUGCUCAAGACGCAGCGAUCGCAAACAUCAUAGAUAAUGCCCCUUUUACUACGGCCCCAGCUAUCCGUCACCAAACUGGAUUGCCCUGCUCAUCGGAGACAAUUAGAAACCGCCACCACGAACGGGAUCUCCACGCUCGUGUGCCAGCAAAGAAGCCGAAGCUGACCGACCUCGACAUAGAACGCCGGAUGGAGUAUGCACUGGAAUAUGCAGAGAAGCCUGCCCCGUUUUGGGACAACGUUGUCUUCUGUGACGAGAAGACCUUUUCCACUGAUGAGAGAACGACGACAAGAGUAUGGCGCCACAAGAACGAACGGUACGACAGCAGGCAUGUUGUUGGAACCCGAAGAAGUGGCCGAGUUACUGCCGGGUAUUUGGAUGGAUACACUCAGGUGGUGUCGAGCUUGGCAAGAGACGUCACCUCCAUGACAUCCCUGACCGGAGCAGAGCAGGGGUAA